AUGAGGCCCCAACGAGAUGCUAGUUAUGCCUCGAAUCGACUUACAAGGACUGCCCAUUUGAGUAGGCACCUAUUGUCAAGUUACAACAAACCAGAUACACAAGACAACAAGCUCCCUACUCCACCCAAACCCGAAAUCGAGACGCCACGCAACGUUCGCGAACCUUCAAUAGAGGCAGAGCCCCUCAGCACCACCGAUGCAGAAUCAAGUGACUCUGACGCACCCCAGCGUCCCAAAGACGAUACAAAGAGACAAGUGUUGGGGGAAAAACUUGCAGCCGGCGUCAGCAAUGGGUCUUCGUCACUCGGCAGCAAUUGCAGCUCUACCAACCGAAAUACAUCUAUAAGGAAGCCGUUAGGACGGACCUCGAGUAUAAUGACUGCUGAUGAUGAUGAUGACAACCCAUACUUCUCACUUUCGUCGCAGUCGAGUUAUAAGCGGGCGAGACAGACCGGUUAUGGGUCGAAAUCAAAAUCGACGUCUUUUUCCAGCAUUCCCACCUCAAGCGCGCGUUCAAUUACAACGCCAGGGAAAACUGCACGAAAAUCCAAGACCGGCUCUGCACAGUCAUCAACUAAGAAUGGCAAAAGCAAAAAGCGAGAUUCAUCGUCUGAAUCAGAACCGGAGGUGGGCUUCAAAGUUCCCAUGCAUAUCGAUACGCCCAGUCCGCGGAAGUCAAAGCCCAGCACUAAUGUGAAGAAGGGGAGGCCGUCACCAGAAUUUAAAAUGCCUCCAGUUCUUCAACCGGACCCUUUUCCUACAUCCUCGCUUGGUACUUCUUCCCGGGAUGCCCAACUCAAUGCUUACGACCUUUCAUCUGAUUCUACACUUUCCACUCCCCUCAGCUCCCCGUCGUCAUCUAUAAUGGAGGCUCUGCAGCACGAAGCAGGCUUUGAGUCAGAUGCCGAUAGGGCAUCGCCAGACCCACCACACAAGGCACUAUGUCCCAUGUGUAAUGCCGAAGUGGAUCCGGAGAUUCUCAGACAGUUCCAGGCCCAGCCAAAUCAGCGCCUCCGGGAACAACAACGCUUCUGUACUUCACAUAAGCAAGAUACUGCUACGAAGGAAUGGGAGGCACAAGGGUACCCCGAGAUCAACUGGGAUACCUUCGAGCAGCGCUUAGAGAAGCAUUUCCCUGAUAUGGACCAGUAUCUGGAUCCGCAACAACCAUCUUACUAUCGCAAUAUCCUCGAGAGUGCUCAGCAAGCUGGAAAAAGUCUUCGCCUUACCUUAAACGACGAUGGUAUCGAGACGAUCUCUUGUGGAUACUAUGGGACGAAAGGUGCCCAGAAAAUGCUAUAUGUGGUCAUGGAGCGCUUUGGUGUGAGGUUACGUCGACUAGCCAAAGAUGACGCUCUCGUCGCCAAGGUGGGCGUAGCCGGGUAUGCACAAUCUGUUAUUGUGCCUGAGCUUGCUACUCGGCUCAUCAAGGAAGACAUGGGCGUUGACGCUAGCGUUGCGCGUGGGAUUAUGAGAGAGAGUAUCGAAAUUGGACAGAAGCUCAAUCCGCAGCUGGAUGACGUCGUGCCCGUCGAAGAGGACGAUUACUAG